UUCAGCUAACCUAACCCUGUUGUAGUGACAUUCUUCAAAGCCAGCACGGAAAUGGGCGCGCUUUAUUCAUUGCAAACCUCCCUAACAAUGUCAUAAUUUGGACCUGAACGAAAGCAGUUGCUGCUUGUUUCCAUAACAUUCCCCCACCUCAUGGCAAAUAUCGACAGGACUGCAUUUGCUGUUCCUUUUAAAGAUGUAGCAAGCUUCUGCAACUCCAGCAACCAGGAAACACUACAUCUUACAGCUCUCCUCUCUAGUCCUUGGGGCACUACAUGAGGAAAAAAAUGUCUGCUAGCAGAACAGCUUCCUCUCUCACUAGAGAGAUAGCACGGAGUAGAUCCGAGGGAACUGUGAUUGACUUGGACAAGAGGAAACCUUCAACAAGCUGUGAGUUGCCAGAUGAUGAAGAGAAUACACUGGAUUCAAUCAUUGACUGGCCUGAGGCGUUCAAACAACAUGCUCAGACUGUUUCCAAGACUAAUCCUUUCCGGAAUGAACUGUCAGCAUCCAACCCAUUUGUAUAUGAUGUAGCUCAGUUAAGUAACAGUGACAAGAACAAUAAACACAUUUCUAUCUUAAAAGAGGACCCCUAUCUGUUCUCCAGAGAUUCAAACAACAGGGAUUCUUUUGCUUCAUCAGGUGAUGAGCUAGAUAUUGAUCAUCUCCUAAGAAAGGCUUCAGCAGGGAAAUCUGGGAGAUCUAAGAGUGCCUCUGAGCUUUUGGACAUUGUAGAUGCCAAAAGAUUUGAUCCUGACACCACAGCACCCUCUGACCAGAUUUUAGCUGCAGACAUGGAAUGGCUUCAAAAUGACCGUGAAGCUUACAAGAUGGCUUGGUUGAGUCAUCGACAGCUGGCACGAUCUUGUCUAGAUUUGGAUGUGAUGAGUCAUAGUCCAGGAUGGGCACAAACACAACCUACAGACACUCAUGUAGUUUGUAAACUGAAUCAUGAAGGGGGUUCGGUGCAGCUACCUGAUUCGGAUAUCACCGUUCACAUCCCUGAGGGUCAUGUAUCACCUGGGGAAUUCCAAGAAGUUGGUUUAAGGGCUAUUCUGAACCCUCCCCCAUCACUUAAUCAUGAUCUUUCAAGCACUGUGAGCCCACUGAUAGAACUCACUUUAAGUAACCUCAACACAAUGGAAGCCAUUUUACUAGAAAUGAAAAUUGCAGCUGAAGUGAAGAAGGAUCCUUUCAGUCAAGUUAUGACUGAAAUUAUGGGUUUUUAUAGUUUCAACAAAGAAGGUCCUUUUGAAAAGCUACACAACUGCUACAUUUACAAAGAUACCAUACAAGUGAAGUUGACAGACCUAAGUCAUGUGAUGUACAUAGUGGUUGCAGUACAAGCAAACCCAGUUCAGUAUCUGGCUACAUCUGUUUGGGAAUACAUCCACAGAAACCUCUCCAUUGGAAUUUAUGGGCCCAAAUAUAUUCAUCCUUCUUUCACUGCUGUUUUUACAGUCUUUGGUCAUAACUACAUUCCAGAAAAACUCACAGUUUGUGACAUUAAAAAGGGUGGAAAGAGCAUGCCACCAGUGGUGUUUAAUCUGUGGGGAAAGCAUACAUUUUUACUUGAUAAGCCACAAGAUCUAAGUGUUUCUUUGAUAUCCUGUGAUCCUGAUUUUGAAGUGAAGGUGGAAGAGCAAAGCAAAGAAAUUAAAGAAGGGCAAUUGAAAGCAGGGGAAGUUGUCAACCAGCAGUUUCCAUUUUCUGUACUGGGAACUGGGGAAAUGCAUUUGUUCACAUUCCUAGUUCAGAUUAAAGUCCCAAACAACAAUCUAGUGACCCAGUUCCCUAUUACAACUCCUGAUCCAGCUCCAAAGUUAACUGGGAUGACAAGUAAACCAAAUCGUUUACAGAAACGCAAAGAGAUCAAAUCUGCUCCUUUUUUACUGAUACCAACAGUUAAAUACCCCAAGUUUCAAGAUAAGACUUUAAAUAUUACCAGCUACGGAGUGGCCUUGAAAACUGUGUUUCGUCAAAAUAAGAUUGACUAUUUACUCGAAUAUUUUAAAGGGGACACAAUAGCUUUUCUUGGUGAAGAUAAAGUGAAAGCCAUUGGACAAACUAAAAUUAAAGAAUGGUAUGUGGGAGUUGUUCGAAGAAAGAUUGGUCUAGUGCACUGUAAAAAUGUAAAAGUGAUUUUAAAAGAACAAGCUAUAGAUAUCACUGAUAGUGUGCUGCCAACCAGAAAUCUUUUGGAACAAAUUGCACUGCCUUUUAAGAAAUUGACAUAUAUCUAUUCCUUAGUCCUAUCCACGGUAUCGGAGAGAGUUUACAACUGGAAAGCUUUGGCUGAUGUGCUAGGAUAUUCACAUAUGUCAUUGGAUGAUUUCAGUGAGGUACCAGCAGAUAAAGAAUCAGAAAGAGUUGCAUAUGUGGUGAAGAAAUUAAAGGAAGAUUGCCAUGCUAACAGACCCAGAAGGCAGUUUCUUUAUGAGCUUAUUGUUGCACUUCUGAAGUUAGAUUGCCAAGGAUUAGUAGCACGUCUUACCCAGGACACUGUCCUUUUAACUUCGGCUGUCAAGCUUGGAAAAUGCUGGAGAGAGCUGGCAGAAAGAUUAGCCCGACUCACAAAACAACAAAUUGAGGCUUAUGAAGUACCUCACCGAGACAGAAGUGGAGAAGUUGCCCUGGAGAUGAUGUGGAAACCAGCAUAUGAUUUUCUGUACACAUGGGGCGCUCACUAUGGAGACAGCUAUAGAGACGUGUUACAAGACCUGCAGUCAGCUUUGGACAAAAUGAAAAACCCUUUGACCAAACAGUGGCGAGAGUUAACUGGAGCUUUGAUUCUAGUGAACUGCAUGGAGAUCUUAAGGGCAAAUGCUUUCCCCAAGAAGGAGGAAGACUAGAAUCCCAAAUUCUUUCAUGGACUAUCUGUUAGAAAACUAUGGUGUUGAUUUUUAUACUUGUCAAUUAUUUUUAAGACCCUGAUUUUCCAAAAAAGAAUAGAUCCUUUCAUUUUAGCUUAUUUUUUCUGCACUUAUAUGUGUUACAUACACCACAGACCAUGUGGAACACAAUUUAUCUGAAGGACCUUCAGGGCAUGCAGAAUAAUAUUCUGAGGACCAUGCAGGGGUGAAAUUAGAGUUGGAAGGUGAAUUAGGUCCUUGAAAAGAGUUUAAUUCCGUGGACCAAUUCCUAAAUGAAAAAUUCACAAGACUACAACUAUAGCUUAUAAUAAAGGCAACUUUUUUAUUUUGAGGUCUAUUAAGCCCCACAUGUUCUGGGCUGCUCUGAUAAUAUUCACUCAGUAUGCCCAAAAUUUUCAAAAGUGACAAUUUGGGCUCCAAUCCUGUAAGUUACAACACAAGGAUCAACCACUGAGCCCAUAUAGAAGACCUACUGGAGUCAAUGAGGCCAUGCAAGCACGGAGGAUGUUGUGAAGGCCAAGACUACAACAGGGUUCAUAACGGAACUAGAUAAAUUCAUGGAGGAUAGGUCCAUCAAUGGCUAUUAGCCAGGAUGGGCAGGGAUGGUGUCCCUAGCCUCUAUUUGCCAGAAGCUGGGAAUGGGAGACAGGGGAUGGAUCACUUGAUGAUUACCUGUUCUGUUCAUUCCCUCAGGGGCACCUGGCAUUGGCCGCUGUCAGAAGAGAAGAUACUGGGCUAGAUGGACCUUUGGUCUGAGCCAGUAUGGCCAUUCUUAUGUUCACACUGCUGUGCCUUUUCAUAAUCAGUUGCAAUAUUGGGGGCCUCACUGCAAGUUCCUUGGGUUUUGGGUGUCCAGAAGAAGACACUUUCAGUUUGAUUUUCAGGUGUGGUGAGCUCUUAUAACUCCAAUGGAAGUCAAUGGCAGCCAAGCUGGCUGGAAAACCAAAGAUCAGUUCCAUUAAAUUUUUUGUUUUUGGAAUUUUUUCACCCCAAAUCAGGAUGCCUGGACUCCAUCAGGAGUUUCUUGAAAUUGAACCUUCUCUACAAAACACUGCAAUUUUUAUGAAUAGACAAAUUCUGCCAAAAAUAUUUUUUCUAACCAACUCUAAACAGGAGCUCAGUGUUUCUGUAAAGGUCAUAAGUGUCCUAAAUUGGACACUCAGGGAGAGGGGCACCCAAAUUGGUGGCCACAUCUGGAAAUAGCUCACUGUUUUUUGUACCACCAAGUGUGUAUACAUGAUGCACAGUGGAAUUUUACUAAUCUUUCUUUACAUGCUCCCCAAAAGGAGUGGAAUCGGAUAAAAAAGGCUGAUCCAUACCGAGCACUUAUCAAAAUGGUGGCCAUGUCAUAUGAUCCUGUAUAUAAGCCACUGCCUCUUAUACAGCUGUUCGGAAUGGAAAAGUGGGAGUUGGUGGGUAGAGGCAGAAUGUAUAUGACAUUAUUGUGCAUAAUUCUCAUCUGUGCCAUUACUGAGGGAAAAUGGAGAGAGGGACAGCUAGUAUUUUAUCAAGAAAGGUACGUGCUGGUCCUAUUGUUAACAAAAAGGGUUUAAAUUAGGUUCAUUUAUGAUUUAUUUAUGCAGCAAUUCAUACUUGCCUGAUUUACACUGAUUACAUGCAUCCUCUGAAAUAAUCCGGAAUAGACACUCUCAAAUGAAGUCUUACCAUUGGCCAGAACCAAGCUGCAGUAAACGUGGCACUGCCUUAUAGAUAACACUGAGUUGUGGAACAACCUCAGUCCAACCAAAAUAAUUCCUGGUAAAUGGCAUGGCAUUUAAAACAAACAAGAAAAACAUUUGUUAGCUAGAAGGUAGCUGUAAAAAAUGGAAGAAACCUGCAAAUAACUCAAAGAGCAGCUCUGGUGAAGGAGCACCCAAAGGCUCAUUUGGAUAAACUGGCAAACUCACUAGUGGCAAACUCACUGUUUGCCAGCAGUGCUCUGGUUGAAAAGCAAGCCUGAGAGCUGGCAGUUGGAGACACAAAGCCAAUGUCUGCUCUGAGAGCUGUGCAUGAACAUCUCAGGGCACAGCUGGUUCUUUAAUUGCUUCAUUUGAGAUAAUGUCCUUUCAGGAGGUGGAAGAACAUGAUGAAUCUAGAACAAAAUAGCACAUUUACGUUUUUUUCUCCCUAGGCCUUUCUUUAACAAGUUCCAUUGCACAGCCUCUAGGUGUGAAGAGCUUUGGAUGGGACGACAGGGCAAAGGCCCAGAAGACUUUUGCUAAAUACGGAAGGCCUGAUUCCCUCACUUACAGUGAUUUUCCACUCAUGUAAUGCAGUUGGCUUCAGCAGAGUUACUCCUGCUUUGCACUAGGGUGAGCAAAGAUUUGGGUCCACUGAGUAUUAAUGCAAAAAGCAUCUUAUGUGGUGAUCAAAUAGAAUUUGAAUACAUGGACCAUGUAGUGUAGCCUUCUAUGUCCCUGAGAGAUGUUUACACCCACACUGUGCUGGCUCUAUGCAGUUGCACAAGGAACUGGGGAUAGAAGGUACCACAGAGCUUCCCCAUUGCCUUGCACAUCUAUGCAGGGGCCAGCUAUUGUUCCCCCUUAGGCCACAGGUGGCAAUGAACCCCCUAAGCAGAGAGGAAGAAGAGACAGGGCCAUGGCCCAUGUCCUCUUUCCCUCUUGCACUGCUGAGGUGUUUGAAAAUGCACACGGUACCUUCUUAAAGAAUAGUAGAGGGGCUGCGACAUUGUGGACUUCCGGGAAGGAUUCUGGUUACAUCUUCCAGAAUGCCUCCUGGGGUUCCUACUUCAGCAUGGCUCGCCUGUACUGCCAAUCCUGCUACAGGGCAGAUUUCAUUAUGAUGCAGUGGUUGACUGAGCCAUGCUCAAUGUCUUUGCUACUGACUGGGGUGAAUAAGUACCUCAUUACUCCUUACGCUCCCUAAAAGCAGACUGACUUGACUCAACUACACCAUUUCUUGAACUUCACAAUGCCUUCUUACACCUAGAAAUGAAUAUGCCACCUGGCCAUAACCCCUUCUUUGAUGUCAAACUCUGUUCAGCUUCUCUGCUAUUCCCCUGGCAGCAACUAUCAUGGAAAUCCUCUUACAUUUACUUCUGCUGCACUGCAUAUAUCUCCAAUUUCAAUGCCAUUUUUUGCAUUUCUUCUUAUCACUAAUGCCAAUGCUAUUGCUUUUUCCUCAGCAAUAAUAAUAAUGAAAAAGGAAAACAUAAGUGUUGCUUCCCAGCUAGAAGAGAGAAAAAUGCAGCCAGGAGCUACCAGUUACCAAAUGGCCACUUCAGGGUUCCACAGCUUCUUGGUUCUGUCAAAUUUAAAGGACCAACCCUGAAAAGAGGCAUGUUGGGAAAAAAGAUACUGUGAUAGGGCGCUGCACAGAGCCUGCACUACAGAGAAAUCACAGUGACCAGGAAAUCAGUAAGGAGCAUGGCUUGUUUUCAUGUUAUUCCUACUGUUGCUAUACCAUCUCCUUUGAUUUUAGCCCUGCACCAACAAUAAAGUGUGACACUCUCAAACUAGAGUUGAAUUUGGCCCAAAUUAUUUAGCAAAAUAUUGACAUAUUGAGUCAGUCAGCUCCUCAGUUUGUGAUAUUAUGUGAUUGGUCCCUGAAGUUUGUUUAUAUCCUGUCCAAUUAGGUUGUGCUCUGGGGCCUGCAGCUGUGUCCUUUAUUUGCUAACUCCACUUUCAUUUUUGCUUUGUACUUCUCCUCCUAUGAAUGAAAUGUGCACUUGUGCAAUACUUCUGUUUACUUUAGCAGCCUACGCUGAAUGUAAAAUAAUACGUAAUAAACUCCACAUUUUAUUGCUCAAAUAUUUUAAACCACAAAAUGCCAGUUCUAGGUUACUGCUGAGAGUGGAAACAGCUGCUUUCAGCAGCAGCAUGCAGUUAGGAACACAUAGCUUUGGUCUUGAUUUCUCUUAAGGGGAGUGGAGGGAGAGGAGAGGAGAACUCCAGCCAGCGCACAUACCUUCUUAGGGGUCUCUGUGGGGAGGGAUGAAAACAACCUCUCCCUGCUCCUGGGCAAGGAGAAGAAAUCCCCUACCUAGUCACCAUCUUUCAAAGACCCCAGCUUUCCCCAUUUUUUUGUUGUCAUUACUGUCUUUGAGGGAUGGGAAGUCUAGAGAUAUUAGCCAACUCCUUUCACCUCUAUAGUCUUCGGUGGAAAAGAGGCUUUAACCUAGCAUCCCUCAUCACUGGGCAAAAGAGUUCAAUAUUCUACCCCCUUUUUCAAGGGGAGGCUCUUAUUGAGAUGGGGACCUGCCCCUGCCCUAUCUGGUGGUGAGAAUUGGGUCAGUCCUACUGCAGUGGCCCUUCAUAGGGCAGACACGUCCCACAAUGCAAUGGACAAAAGGAGACUCUUCUCAGAUGACUGACACAGGAGCAGGUUUCCUCCUGAACCUGGGAGUCAAUUCCCUAAGUCCAGUGCUGAGGUAUUUCUGCCCCACAGUAUUUAACAGGUCUAUGCAACACGACAGGAAGAAGUUUUUCACAAUCCAACAGCUAUAAGAUAAGGGGUUAGAAGAAAAGUUAUUCACCCUCAGAAGGUGUUCUCCUUGAGUUGGGUGGGGAAUGGGGAAGCCUCCUUGAUGAUUUCUCUGAAAGCAGAAGAUUGGGGAGGAGAAAUUAGAUUUCCCCCAGAAGAGAACAUAAGUGAGGCGACUAGGCUACAAACCACUCCACAGAAGACAUCACAGAUAAUAGAAUAGUAGCAAGGUAUGUGAUGGGGGUGGGUAUUAAGGGCCCAGGCAUCUUCAUCCCUUCUCUCUGGGGACAAGAGGAAAGGACAGGGACUUCCACUCUCCUUUCUGAUGAGGACAAGCAAAUGAGUGGGACUUGGCAUGAGUGGUUUUUCCAGAAGGUUUGGGUUUCACAUAAUGCAAAUUUCUGUUAUAAAACCUAAACAGUUUAAAUAGUAAAGCCAGAGGAUUAGAGAAACUCAAACUCCACAAGCUUGUCUCCACCCAAAUAAGGUUUACUUGAUUAUUACGUAUUUCUGAGCUUCCUCUUAGUAAGUUAUCGUGUCAGUUGAGAUGUUCCAUACUGUAAACAUUUAAUUGUUUAGAGUCCUAGUGUAAAUAUUCUAUUCUAAACUGAAUCCCACUGAGCCCAGUUCUCUGCUGCCUUGCACCUUGUGUCAUUGUUGACAUUUAUGCUAAAUGAGAAUAAAACACUACAGUAAAAUAUUACAUCCACUUGGCUUCAGUAUAAAUUUCAGCACAAGGGGCAAGUGAACUGAGAAUCAGGCCCCUAGAAUUUAAAAAAUAGAACAUGUGCCAGGGAGACAAGGUGGGUGAGUAAAUAUCAUUUACUGGACUAGCUUCCCUUGGCGAAAGGGACAAGUUUUUGAGCUUUACAUAGAGCUCUUCUUCCGAUCUGGGAAAUGUACCUCGCCCACUUUUUUCCUCUAGUGUCAUGGGACCAACACAGCUACAACACUGCGAACAACGUGUACCAGAUGUUUUCCUCCUUUCACGCUAGUUUAACUCCCAUUAACUUCAACGCAGCUACUCAUGAUUUUCACAAGUGUGAGAGGAGACUCAAGCUAUCUGAGUCUUUGAAGAAGUUUCACAAUAAUUUUAGAUCCAUAAAGCCGGUGCUAAUCAGAUGUGAGUAAUGAUAACCAUUUUUUUCCUAGUGGUUUACUUGCUGUGAGUACAGGUCUGAAAAUAGGCACCAAUUAUAGGAAUAAAGGCCUUCUGGUAUUAUUCUUAGUACAGAAAAAUUGUGAUUUUGUAUUUGUUAACCAUUUCUUUGUUAU